AGUUCCUGGUUGGAAAGCCGCUCUAUUUUACAGUCUAUGGUUCAGCUUUAGUGUGAUUGUAUGGUAAAGAAGUAUGGAACAAAAUAACUCGGAGUCUAAAUCAGUCCUUUGCACAUUGCUGGAUAAAAAUGAUCAGUCAAAGUAUGUGUUUUUUACGCAAAAGCUACCAGCAGGAGUCAUAAACAUUGGAUUUACCAAUGGUGAAGAUGUUUGGAAAACACAUCUUUCAGAGGAGAUUCUCUCUCAGCUUUUUAAGAAAUUUUCAUUAAAGUCCACAGAGGAUUACACCUUCAAAAUCAAAUGUGCAUGCAAGACUGGCAGAGCGUUUGUGAAGCUGCUGGAGGACAGUGCUGUGCUGCAUUUAGGAGCUGAAGCCACAGAUCUCAGCCUGUCUCUAGCAAAACUCACAGACUCUGAGGGAAGGAUGGAAGUCAAGGACCUGCUCUUUAAAAUGGCAGAUAGCUUGCAACAACUAGAUAGUCAAGGUGCUUCCUCUUCAUUUAGUCCAGGCAAAGGUUAUCAGAAGAGGAGUGCUGAAUUUGAACCUAAAAAGCAGCAUAAGGGUCCAGUAGUAGCAGUUAAAAAACGUCUUCCUGGAGAUUCUCUCAUCAACCCAGGAACAAAAAGGAAGAAACCUGCAACAGGUGUGGCGUUUGAUGAUGAAUGAUGUCAAUGUAGCGUCCAGAUUUUAAUAAGUAUCAAUUAUUAGUUUUUAUCAAACCCAAUUUUUUUUUAUUUUCAACUUGCAAAGCAUGAAAACAGCCG